AUGACUACCGCCUCUGCGAGAACACCGAACGAGAAAGAAGAAGGAAACAAACAGACCGGACUCCAUGAUGGUGAGGCCCUCGGCCAGCUUGCCACCAUCUCGACCAAUGCGUCUUACCGGCCACCCGAGAUGAGCCCGGCGCGCCGGCGCGCCGUCAUGUUCACCCUCUGUAUGACCCUCCUCCUCAGCGCGCUGGACAUCACAAUCAUUGCGACGGCCUUGCCGACAAUCGCCUCGACUCUCCAUGCCACAUCGUCUGAGUACGCGUGGGUGGGCAGCGCCUACACUCUUUCUAGCACAGCGUCCACACCAGUUUGGGCCAAGAUGUCGGACAUAUUCGGUCGCAAACUGACCAUCAUGGUCGCGACGGCGGUGUUCAUGGCGGGGAGUCUCAUCGCCGCACUCGCCCAAACGAUCUAUGUCCUCAUCGCCGGACGGACCGUUCAGGGCCUUGGAGGAGGUGGUUCCUUGGUACUAGUCACUAUUGUGAUCGGAGACAUCUUCAAGCUGGAGGACCGCGCCAAGUACUAUGGCAUGACUGGCAUCGUUUGGGGACUUGCAGGCGCAGUUGGGCCGAUUUUGGGCGGUGUCUUCACAGAGACUAUCGGUUGGAGAUGGUGUUUCUUCAUCAACCUUCCCUUUGAUGGCGUGGCCCUGUUGGUCUUGUUCUUCGCCCUGAAGUUGGAAACGCCAAAAGAAGCAUUCUCGAAGGGCCUUAGAGAAUUGGACUGGGUAGGAUUUGUACUCAUUAUCGGCGGCACCAUCUGCUUCCUCUACGGCCUUGAAACCGGUGCCGGGGGCGUGGUGCCGUGGGGCUCUGCGCAAGUGAUCUGCCUCAUCCUCUUCGGUGUCAUCACUCUGGCACUCUUCGUUUUCUGGGAGGCCCGUUUCGCCAGAAACCCCGUCAUUCCCUUCCGAAUCUUCAAGAAAGGCAGCAACAUCGCGGCCUUUGUCGUUGCCUGUCUGCACGCCUUCGUCUUCAUAUCGUACGACUACUUCUUACCUCUCUACUUCCAGGUCGUUCUCGGGUUCAGACCCAUCAUCUCCGGCGUCUCUAUUUUCCCGCUGCUGAUACCGCUGACGAUGAUGACGAUGCUCGGCGGACUGUUUACCAGGAAGACAGGAAACUACAUUAUUCCAAUCUUCUUUGGAUCGGCAAUGAUGACGCUUGGAAACGGUUUGUUCAUCAGCUUCCAGGCGAAUACGCAGUGGGCCAAGAUCGUCAUCUUCCAGAUCAUCACUGGAUUCGGGGCCGGCGUCCUUUUCCAAAGCCCCAUGAUAUCCAUCCAGACCCAUACUCACCAGAGGGAUAUGGCUGCUGCGAUGUCGGCUUUCAGUUUCCUGCGCUCGUUGUUCACUUCCAUGUCCGUCGUCAUCGGCACGGUUCUGCUGCAGCAUAACCUUGGCGGCGGCGGGCUGACUGGUGGCAACCUGCAUGCUGGCGACCAGGCAAGCACAGCACCCCCCGUAGAUAAAGAAAACUACAUAUCUGCGUUGCACAUUAUGUGGGCUUUCUUCACUGGUGUCUCCGGCUGUAUGCUGUUUACGGCGGUGUUCAUCAAGCAGAAGCCUAAAAAGCUCGCCUCCGAAACCGGAGUCGAGCAGGACUCUGUGACGGAAUGA